ACAUUUAAGCUUUCCAAAAUCUAACCCUAAGAAUACAUACAAUACUACAACAUAUGUUGUUAAACCCUAAGCCAAAGAAUAUCAUGAUUAACUACUUUCACUCAUCUAUGUUGAAAACUAUUCAAUUUUAUUAUAUCUUAAUAUCCAGGACACGAACCUGGAUAGAAAAUCUACGCUUCUCUAACCGAUGAUAAGAAUGAUAUACCUGGAUUUUUUGUGAUUUUAACCAUGGUAUAGUCCAGUUUUAGAGUUUUGAUUACUUGUUCCGAGUUCGUUUUAUAGUCUUUACAGGUUCAUCUGCGUUUGAAACACUUUAGAGAUUAUGGAACCACUAAGAGCAUCAAGAGGAGUUAUGUUCAAAAGUUGAAGCCGGAGCCGAUAUUUGAAGACAGUGUUGAUCGACACUCCUCUAGUGUCGGUCGACACCAAUGCUGAUUCAACAAAGCCGACCAAUAUUUCAAGAAUUUCACUUUGGUCCAAAAGUUUCCAUAUUUGUAAGAAGACCCAUGGCGAGUUUUAGACCUAUUUUAUGUUUUUAAGUUGUUAGCACACUUUUAGUGCCGGUCGACACCCAUGCUGAUUUGAAAAAGCUGACCCAUAUUUCAAGAAAUGCACUUUGGCCCAUAAGUUUCCAUAUUUUUAAGAAGACCCUUGGCGAGUUUUAGACAUAUUUUAUGUUUUUGGGGCGUUGUUUAGGCUACGCUUUUAUAUUUUGAUUGAGAGAAGGUCAGAGAACUCCUUCAAAGAGAUCGAUUAUAACUCCAAUACUUCUUACUCUAUCUAUUUUUUUUUCUUUAUUUAGAUUAUUGUUAUGUCUUGCAUGAUCAUGUCUAAGUAAACCACUUAAUUCAUGUUCUCCGGUUGACCCGGCCUCCUUCUUUGCUGACCUUAAUUCAUGUCGUCCCCUUGAACUGGAAGACACAAAUUUGUUCACUGACGUUUGAGUUAUCUCUUCAGUAUAUGUCUCACCAUUGCAUGGAAAAGGAUGCAUCAGACAGAGUCACACGCCUUCACUGGCAAGGCUUCGUUGGAGAUCUUAGAAGGAGAAAACUAGAUCUGACUCAUCCUUAGACCUAAAGGUCGAUUCUUGCCUCUUCUGCCGUUUUGUGAGCCUCACCGUUACUCCAGUGAAAGCAAGAACAUGAUACCGUCACGACGCAAAAGGAAUCUCCGGUAGAGUCCCAUAGACCCAGAGUAACUUGCUUACUGGCAUAUAUAAGGCAUUGAAAAAGAGAGCAAAAAGAAAAAGAGGAGUAGAGAAAGGAGGAAGAGUUUCCGGCGUCCGAGUUAGGACUGAUUGGAAAUUCUAAAGAGAAGUUAGAGCUUUUUUAUUUUAGAGAGAGAAGGAGUUAGUUGUACAUGUAUAUAAAUUCAGCUUGUUUAACGAGUGUUUUUGCAUCAGGUACUAAAUCAUGUCGGGCAAUUUUUUUCUGUAAAUUGGUGAAAAUCAUCAAAACUUAUUUGUGUACGAAAGUAAAAGCAAAAAAUAAUUAAAGUUACGGAUAAGUUGCAAAAUAACAACCAAAAAGCUACAUGAAGUCUUACUUCUAAUGUGUUAGCAAGUAUAAAGGAUGCGAUAAAACUUCAACAAAGCAUUAGUAUUUCUCUUUUAUCUUUAAUUACCAACCUUAAAUAUUUAUAAGAUUCCACCAAUAAUAGUAUUAACCCGUUGGUGCCUAAUACAUGCACGUGAUAACCAUUUUUGGUCGCGAAAAUUCUCUCUCUCUCUUGUGUAUAUAAAUAUAUCCACACAUACAGACCUACACUAAUUCUUCGUUAUCAUCUUCUCAAUAAAAUCUCUCUCUCUAAAGAUGGUGAAAGGGUCCCAGAAAAUCGUGGCCGCAGAUAAAGGCAUACCAAUAAUAGACAUGUCGCAGGAGAGAUCACGAGUGUCGAUGCAGAUAGUCAAAGCCUGCGAGACUCUCGGCUUUUUCAAGGUGGUCAACCACGGCUUUGACCGAACCAUCAUCUCAAGGAUGGAGAAAGAGUCCAUUAACUUCUUCGCUAAAUCGGUUCACGAAAAGAAAUCGGUUGAAUCGGUUAACCAGCCAUUUCGUUAUGGCUUUAGGGACAUCGGUCUCAACGGUGACUCUGGUGAGGUCGAGUACUUGCUGUUUCAUACCAACGACCCCGCUUUUCGCUCUAAGGCAUCCUUCCGCUCGGCAGUGAAUUGUUACAUAGAAGCAGUUAGGCAGUUGGCUCAUGAGAUAUUAGAACUGACGGCUGAGGGACUUGGGGUCCCACCUCACACCUUCAGUAGGUUGAUCAGCUCCGUCGAUAGUGACUCCAUUUUGAGGGUGAAUCACUAUCCACCGUCCGAUCAGUUUUUCGGUGGAGCCACACUCUCUGAUAAAUCUGUGUCACUGACCAGGGUUGGCUUCGGAGAACACACCGACCCGCAGAUCUUAACAGUUCUUCGAUCUAACGGUGUAGGAGGCCUCCAAGUGUCCAACCCAGACGGCAUGUGGGUCCCUGUCUUCCCUGACCCCUCAGCUUUCUGCGUCAAUGUAGGAGACUUGUUGCAGGUGAUGACGAACGGGAGAUUUAUAAGUGUAAGGCACAGAGCAUUGACUUACGGAAAGGAAAGCAGGCUCUCGACAUCAUUCUUUGCUGGACCGCCGCUCCAAGCAAUGAUUGGGCCACUACAGGCGAUGGUUACGACAGCGAAUCAACCACGAUUAUACCAAACGUUUACUUGGAGCGAAUACAAAAAACUGGCAUACUCUCUACGUCUUGAAGAUAGUCGCUUAGACAUGUUUCGUACAGGUAAGGGUCUGGAGGAUCCUUAGAAUUUUUAGUAAUAACAAUGUCUGUGUUGUGGGUUUUUUUUCUAAGUACCUUCCAAGUCUUAAGUAAAAUGAGGCAUGUUGGAUUUGUGUAACUAGAACUAGGAGGUGAUAAGUCUAAUAUGGUUUGUAAUAACUGUGUUACGUUAACUCUAAGGAAGUACUAGACUAUGUAUUUUUAUUAUAUUAACUGGAUUACGUUGGAGAUAGAUUGCGUCUAGAGAUAAGCAAAACGGAGGCUUACCCGCGGGCCUGGCUCAUAAAGAUCCAAUGCGGGGCGGGAUUGGGCACAGAUUUUACUGUCCGUUUGUUAGCGGGCCUCGCGGGUUAUACAUACAAUGGUAUUGGGCCAAAGCGGGGUGCGGGACAAUUGGGUGGCCCGCAUGAAUUUUCUCAUUCCGUCUCUUUGGUAACAUCGACAAGAGCUCAGAGCAAACAGGAGAUGAUGAUGGAGAUUCUCAAUUCCUCCAACCGGUGACCUAAACUCAUUUACUUCAGUUGUGACUCUUCCAGUUCGCUUUCAAUCAAAGAAUCAUCUUUUCUCUUCAAGCUUUGCAAUGUUGAUCGGAACUCGUUCACUUUCUUUGUAACUCAUUGUAGGAAAAAAGGUUUUUUUUUUGAAGCGAGUGUGAGUGGAGACAAGAAAUUGUACACAAAACUUGUUUUUUAUUGUUAUUUUUCUGGAAACUUAAUCAUCGUUCUCGAAUGUGAGUUGUCUAAACAUUCCUGUUAUAUACACAAAACUUGAAUU